CAUUCCUUGUGAGCCAAAUUGACUAGCAAAUAGCUGCGGCUCCCGUCAAUAACAAUAUAUUGUGCUUGUGCCCUCCCUGUUUAGACCAGUUAUUAAACAAAAGUUCAAUAUUUACUGGUGGUGGUAUACCUAACACAAGAUGAAUUACACGCCAUAAAAAUUUCACAUAAUGACAUUCAACAAAGAGGUGUUGGAUAGUUUCCGGCUUACUACAGAAACAUCAAGCUUUAUUCCCAUUCCAAUUCCUUCUAGCUAAAUUGUCUUUUGUUAGGACCACUCCCCUUUUAAGAUACCAUAUAAAUAUUUUUAUUUUGACGUAGUGAUUGUCUGGUGUAGUGCCUGCAGGGCAAAAAUCGUGUCUCUUGGUGGACGAAAAGAAGGCUGCUCUAGCUGGGGCGCCACUCUUGGAACUAGUUUCAAAGCUAGCUAUUGGUCCUCUAAUGUUGUGCACAUAACCAAUGUUGUGCACAUAAUCAAGGCUCUAAUCUGUCUCCAACUAAAGCUCGCUGGAAAGGAACAUUUUAGAGGCUUUGAACUCAAUACACUUUCCACUGUUACGAACUUCUUUCUGAUGUUUUUAUACAACAUGGGAUAAGGUAAAGUUAAAGGUUUAUCACCUAACCACCGAUCCUCCCAAGUUUUUGUUUCUCGCUUCGAAUCUUGAAAGAGCCAAAAGAUAGGAAAUCAUCCUCACCUACAUAAGGCUAGAUAUAUGUGUAAUGGACUUAUGUUAUUCAAGUGCUUAUUUUUAAGUAUAUCCCCAUACCAAUCUUCACUUAAGAGUUUAAAAAUCCAUUUACUCAAAAGUACAUUUAUUUUGAAUCUGCCAUUUCAAAAUUGCUAAACCUCCUUACUCUACAGGUCUGCGGAGUGUACUCCAUUUGGCCAAUCUAUAUUUUUUCUUGUGCUGUAUUAAUCCAAAUUCUUGAGGACCCCUUUAGGCACUUUGAAGAAUGAAAAUAUAAACAUAGGUAAACCAACCUUUCCCCACCUGAAAGAAGUUUUCCUUCCCCACUACCAAGCUUCUUCUGAAAUCAUUCUUCUACCAUGAGCCAAUCUUUGUUGGUUAUACUAUCUUACAAUGAUAGUAUAGGAAUUCUCAAGUAUCUAAAGGAAUGGUAUUCCCAUUUACACCCCUGAAAGUUCCAUAUAUUCUCUUGGUUUUGCUUGUAUCCCUUGCCAUAUAAAAAUAUACUUACUUUUAUUGAAAUUGAUCUUGAGGUUUGAUAACCGUUUGAGAGUGAUCUAUUGUACUAAUUUGAAUUUCUUUGCCUCCCCUAAGUCAUGCUCCACAAAAAAGAACAGUGUUAUCUGCAUAUUUGAAUAACCCCCCAUCUGCCUAGUGGGGUACGACUUCUCAGAAAUGCCCAUGAUCCCUAGCUCUAGCAAUAAGAAUUGAAAGCAUAUUAGCAACAUGAUUAAAAUGAAACGGUGAGAGAGGAUCCCCUUGACGUGAUCCUUUCCUGGUGUGGACAGUUGUUGGACGUUAAUGUAUCCAGCAGGUAAGUAAUCUUCGCUUUAAACAAUGCACUACGUGCACUCCCGCGUCUCUCCUACCAAUCUUGUUGAUAUGUCAAUUUUACUUUGCACCUGCUAUCAGGCCAUCAAAGUGUAUAUGCAACAAGAUUUAUCAUAGAGAAGGUGUAUAGCUAGGAACGAACAUAUUUGUUUCUAAGACUAGAACAACAAUGAUCAUGAUAAAAAAAAUAAGAUAAGAUCUAUAGUCAACAAUUUUAUGCAAAAUGCUGAUAUGAAAGGAAUAAGCUAGCUGUAAGAACCUAAGAGAACUUAAUUGUGUUACUAAAUCAAAGAGAUGUCGUGGUAAUGCUUGUGAUACUUAUCAGCUUUCAUCUCACUGCAAUCAGGUUACAAUCCAUCUCAACCAAAGAGCAACUGUACUCGCCGAUGUGGGAGUAUAAAUGUUACAUUUCCCUUUGGCUUGGAAAAAGGUUGCUUUGCAAGAGAACAAUUUCAUCUCCAUUGCACAAACAAGACAUCAUCAGCUCUCUUAUACUGGUCAAUGAAUAACUAUCAGGUGACAAAUAUCUCUGUUGAACAAGGCCUUAUUGAAUACAUUAGCCCGGACGCAAAUGCUCAAAUUGAUUUUGGUUCAUUAUUUGACGGGCCAAGUCUUUUCUUUUCAUCUGCGGCUGCCGUUUCCAUGCAAUGGGUAGUUGCUCAAUUAUCAUGCGAAGAGGCAAGACACAAUAUGUCUGGGUAUGCAUGUGCAAGUGCUAACAGCGAAUGUAAAACAAUCCGACAUACAGGUGGUUACGUUGGUUACAGAUGCAAUUGCAUAAGUGGGUACCAAGGAAAUCCAUACAUCGAAAGUGGCUGUGUUGAUACCAACGAGUGCCUUCAGCUAAACAUCUGUCCUGAAAUAUGCAACAAUACCAUAGGAAGCUACGCAUGUAAUCCAUGCCCUUACAAGACAGAGUAUGAUCCUGUUAACAGGCGUUGCGUCAUCAGAAAACACCAAAACCUUCUCCUAGGUAUUGCUAUUGGCCUUAGUGUUGGCCUUGGAAUUCUACUUCUCUGCUUAUGUGGGGUUUUCCUUAUCCGUAGAUGGAGAAGAGAUAUCCAAAAACAAUUGCGGAAAAAAUAUUUUCAGAAAAAUAAGGGCCUUCUUUUGGAGCAACUAAUAUCUUCAGAUGAAAAACAAAGUGAUAACAAAAUUUUCUCCUUGGAAGAGUUGCAGAAGGCAACAAACAACUUUGAUCCUGCACGUAUUUUUGGUAGUGGAGGACAUGGUAUGGUAUACAAAGGCAUCUUAUCGGACCAACGUGUUGUAGCCAUAAAGAAGCCGAAGGUACUUGCGGAAGGAGAGAUUAGUCAGUUUAUCAACGAAGUUGCAAUCCUCUCUCAAAUAAAUCACAGAAAUAUCGUAAGACUUCUCGGAUGUUGUCUUGAAACUGAGGUUCCUCUACUGGUGUAUGACUUUAUCCCUAAUGGUUCACUAUUUAAGAUUAUUCAUGACGAUCAGAGUAACAAAGAAUUUUCCUUGUCAUGGCAUGAUUCCUUGAGAAUUGCUACAGAAGCUGCUGGAGCUCUCUGCUAUCUCCAUUCUGCAGCAUCAGUAUCGGUUUUUCAUCGUGAUGUGAAGUCUUCUAAUAUACUCUUGGAUGGAAGCUACACAGCUAAAGUUUCAGAUUUUGGGACCUCAAGAUUGAUUCCAAUUGAUCAAACCCAUGUUAUCACAAACAUACAAAGUACAUUUGGGUACUUGGAUCCAGAGUAUUACUAUACUGGGCAAUUAAAUGAGAAGAGUGAUGUCUACAGUUUUGGUGUUGUUCUGUUAGAGUUGCUUCUUAGAAAGGAGCCUAUCUUUACUAGUGAUUCCGGUUCAAAGAUAAACUUGUCAAAUUACUUCCUCUCUGAGAGAAGAACAAGACCAACCACAGAAAUGGUUACCUCUCAACUUCUGGAGCAAGCUUCUGAAGACGAGCUUAACACUGUUGCAUCUCUUGCGGAGGAGUGCCUGAGGCUACAAGGUGAAGAAAGACCUACUAUGAAGCAAGUGGAGAUGAAACUGCAACUUCUGAUAAAUAAAGGUUUGAGAUCAUGCAACGGUUUCCCACAAAGCAGUUGCGAGAUACAAGCACCACCACCUGUAAGACUUGCAGCUCAUCACUGUCAACCUUUGUCAACUGACGGAGACAAUAGAGCUAAUAUAGCGUCUUCAAGCUGCUAUGCGUUGGAGCAAGAGUUUAUGUCAUCUGCUACUUUACCACGAUGAAUUAAUCCUUGACCACCUUUCUUACACAUGUUUACACAGGCAUUUUAAUGAUCAUCUUAUUGUAUACUAAUGAUGACAAACCCUGCACCGCACUUGUCCACUAUUAUCGUGUUAUUAGCUCAAUAUUAUUGUAAUAGAUUUGUUUAAUGUUA